AUGAAUAAACAGGUAAGAAGAUUCGACAGUUCGAAGAAAACGAAAUGUUCGUGUCUGACCAACACGGUGUCCAGUAUAAUUGGUCGACUUGGUGUAAUAAUUAGUCGAUAUCCCGUUUAUUUUGUCAUUGCGCCUGUCAUUCUUUCUGGUUUAUUAUCAAUUGGGCUGAUUAGAAUUCAAACCAACGACGACAUCGAUUCUCUCUUAGCUGCUGACAGAGAUAAGGUUGUGAAAAAUAUCAUAGCUCAUGUAGAUGGAAAGAAUGUUAGUUACGUGGACGUGUGCGAGAGUGUAGACGGCAAGUGUUCAGAAAAUACUCUUAUUGAUCUGCUAAACAACUCCGAAAAUACUAUUCAUAAAAUAUUAACAUUGAAAUAUCCCGUUAAUAUUGAUUCUGUAACAUACGCGUACAAAAUCCUCUGUUUGAAUUUAGGAGGGGUGACGACAGACGACAAAGGAUACGUAACUGAAGCAAAAGCGGUUCGUUUAUACUAUGUAUUAGACGAAUCGAAUUCAAGUAAGAAAAUGUGGAAUGAAGAAUGGACAAAGGCAGUUUACAACAAGUUGAGGGAUUAUAGUUUCCAGCAUAUUAAAACAUUUUCCGAGCCAAUAGCGUCUACCGGUUUUGAAAUAAUACGAAUUUCACAGAAAUUAGUUCCUUUGAUAAGCGUUGCUGUGGUCGUAGUGGCCGUUUUCUCCAUCACCACAAACAUGACUAACAAUUGGAUAAAGUGCAAACCCUGGUUAGGCGUAGCUACUGUCGUAUCUGCGGGUCUGGCUGUGACCACCGCUUUUGGAUUAUUAACCGCCUGUGGAGUACAAAACCUUCGGUGGAAUGUCAGCCUUCCUUUCAUGAUUCUUGCUACGGAAGUGGACGACUCGUUUGUGGUAUUGGCUUGUUGGAAGGUAACAGACUGCAAUGACAGCGUAGAAAAGCGAAUGGAACAGACGUAUCGCAACGCUGCAGUGUCCAUCACCAUAACGUCUCUAACGAAUUUCUUCUCUUAUUGUAUUGCCAUGACGUCACCAUUUCCGGGUAUAAGGAUAUUCUGUUUCUAUGCCGCAACGUGCGUCUUCUUCAGUUAUUUCUAUCAGUUGUUUUUUUUCGGCGGAUGUUUGGCAUUAAGCGGAUACAGAGAAGAGAAGGGUCUUCAUCCUUUUACAUUUAAACCAGCUUUUGAAACUCUUGAACAAAGCGACUAUUUCAAAGAAGAAAGUGAGGACUGUUUUAUGAAGUUCUUCAGAGAUACAUUUUCAGCUUUGAUUUUUCAUCCUGAAGGGCUGAACGUGUACAAUCUCAAUUCAGAAAGUUCUGAGAUUACACAGGGAUAUCAUGUUUUUUAUAAAUAUUUUUCCAAAUACCCUUUUACGGUGCACGUCGUGAUUAAUGAAACUUUAGAUUAUUCUAAUCCAUAA